ACCCUCGUUCUUUACGGUCAUGGUGCAUCUCACAAUACAUUUAGCAUAUGAAGCCCGCAUCGCAGGACCAGUUCAAUAUCGCUGGAUGUACCCUGUGGAGAGGUAUUUGGGUUUCAUGAAACAUUUGAUGCAUAAUCGUGCACGUCCUGAAGGAUCGAUAGCAGAGAACUAUAUAAGUAAUGAGAGUUUGAAUUUCAUCUCUCGUUACUUGCGGGGUGUGGAGACAAGGCUCAACCGUCCCCAACGAAUAAUUGACGGAACAUUCUAUAAUGAUCGUGGGGAGGACACUAGAUUCCCCAGAAUGGAGCUAGAUCAAGCCCACACAUAUAUCUUGAGUAAUGAUACUACAUUUAACAUAUACGCGGCGUAAGUA